AUGGCUUAUGAGCUCUUGAUCGAAGUAUGCGGGCCCGGCCUGAGCGCCAAAAGUCGAUCUCAUUGGGGCUUUGCGAUCCGCGAGUCCGGCGCUUCAUUCGGCGACCUUCUCCAUGUGCAAGUGAUCGAUUUGGAGCGAUUAUGGUAUCAGUUUGACGCUCGCGAAGGCAUAGAUCUAGCUACCAUGCAGGCCGAAGGCAUGGCCAAAAUAGUCGAUCUAACGGCAGAUCAACGACGGCGAGUCGUGAGCAUAAUCCGAGCAGAAGCCGCGCCUCGCGACGGGAAGAGGAGGUGUCAGGAGUGGAUUGUUGAUGCUCUGGUAUCGCUGGAGGUGGAGGAACUCGUCCCGGAUGGCACGGCAGAAUUCUGGAGUAGGCUGGUUGGGAAACGAGCAGGCGAGGUCAAACUAGCUGCAGGGACAAACUGGACACCGUUGAGGUGA